AGAAAAUGAGGAGAUUUGAACCUUCGUCUUGUCAGAACUUCGAAAGUUCGUGUGAAAAUUGAUUGAAAAACUGUCAAGAAAUUUUAGGGUAAGAAGAAGAUACAGUGCAUUUUGGUUAGAAUUGAGAAGAAAAAUAGGGAGGCUAGAUAUUUUGGUAUUUGGGGGUUAGGUUGUGUUCUAAUUCAGGAAGCUAAGAUGUGGCCUCCAACGAGAAACAAUGGAGAAAGGACGCCAAUGACGAAUAAAUUGAUAGCAGUGGCAAUAGACAAGGAUAAACCAAGCCAAGGUGCUUUGAAAUGGGCCGUUGAUAAUCUUCUCAGCAGGGGACAGACUGUUGUUUUGAUUCAUGUCAAGGUUAAACUAUCCGCUUCAUCAUUCCCUUCAUCGCCAUCUCUCGCUAUACAAA